AUGGCGGAACUUAGAAAGCGGGGAGCCACCAGUUCUCCCCUCGAGGCAGAUUUCAAGUUAACCCACGAUUCGCCCUCAGUGAUUGCACAUCCAAAGGGGAAAAAUUCAGCAGGCUGGACGUUCUUUUUAAUUCUUAUUUUGUACUUGUUCUCCUGGUACAUUAGCUUCAAAGCUUCCAGAUCUGUACCCGCGCCCAGAACAUCAAUGGGGAGUUCCGUUAGCGAAUUUGUGGAAGAAAAAGCUCGCCAACAUUUAGAUGCAAUUACAUCCAUGGGACCGCGGCCUGCUGGAAGCUAUGCAAACGAAAUUCAAGCUGUAAAUUAUAUCGUUGGAGCUUUACAGACAAUAAAGGACACUGCACGCGAAGAUGUGAUCAUCGAAAUUGACAUUCAGAGACCAUCGGGUAGUUUCAAUUUAGCCUUCUUUGAUGGAUUUACAAGCGUCUAUCGCAAUGUGACCAACAUCGUGGUCAGAAUAACACCGAAAGAAAGCUAUCCGCCCAAAGACACUAUCCUCGUCAAUGGGCAUUUUGAUAGUGUGCCGGGCAGUCCUGGCGCUAGUGACGAUGCGGUGAGCUGUGCUGUGAUGCUGGAAGUGAUCCGAUGUCUCGCGCAUACGCGCAGCUUCCGUUUUACACACGGUGUUGUCUUUAAUUUUAAUGGAGCUGAGGAGAAUGUCUUACAAGCAAGCCACGGCUUUAUUACGCAGCAUAGAUGGGCAGAAACUAUCAAGGCGUUUGUGAAUCUGGAGGCAGCUGGUGCAGGUGGGUGGCAGGGUAACGUGGCCUUACAUGUUACAGAGCUGUAAAACGUUUGCGUGCAUCACGGACUCUCACGGGCUUAUGUGUGAAGUCAUAUCAACAGUACAAUAAAGUGGCAAAAUUUGGAAGAAUGGAGAAAUGACGCAACUAUUUGCCUUGGUUUAGAGGCAAGUAGAAGAGUUAGGCUUGAAACUUUUCCCACUGACUGUCCUUUGGCAAGGACAUAACUUAUUUUAAACUGCCAUGUUAGCAGGAUAUGUUACAGUUGUAAUAAUAUGUAUUGAACAAUCUAGAUGAACUGUGUUCAAAUGAACACUUAAAAUUUAUGACAGAUUUCUACAAUUCAGGAAUGUUUGGAAGAGAUAUUUGAACAAUCUGUGGAUAUAAAAAUGAAAACAAGUGUGAGCAGUGCAUAAACCAUACAAGGGCAUGAGGCAAAAGCAAGAAAAAAAGGGGAAGCUAGGAAAGGGUAAAGCAAGGCAUGGUGUGCCACUGUGCCUAGAGAUUCCAGAAAAUUCACUUAAAUUAUUUCACAAUGGUCCAUAGUAAAGGUUAGCCCCAGCAUUUCAUCAGACUUUCCUGACAAUUUUCUUUUACUUACUUAUACUCCUGUAAUUAUGUGAUUAUUUUGGUUGAUUUUAAUUGAUUUAUCUUUUCAAUCCAGGUGGAAGGGAAGUGUUAUUUCAGGCAGGUCCUGAACAUCCUUGGCUGAUCAAGACAUAUUCAGAGGUAGCCCCACACCCCUGUGCACAAGCUCUUGGCCAAGAUGUCUUUCAGAGUGGAAUCAUACCUAGUGACACUGAUUUCAGGAUUUACAGGGACUUUGGCCAAGUACCAGGUAUCUGAAUUAUGGACUGACACCUAGAGACUGAUUGAAUGACUGAAUGACUGACUAAGUGAAUAAAUGACUUAUUGACUGAUUGUUUGAAUGAAUGAGUGAAUAAACAACUUGAUGGCUGGCUUACUGAAAAACUUACUGACCUACUGACUGAAUUACUCACUCACACUGAAAGAUUGAAUGACUGAUUGAAUGACUGACUGACUGACCGAUUGUAUGAUUGAUUGCCUUACUGACUGACCGACUGAAUGAAUGAAUGAAAUGCUCCUUAACUGACUGAAUGACUGGUUAGUAUUUGAUCAAUUCAUUUUCACUGAUUACCUUAUUGACUGAUUGAUUGUAAUCUUAGUGAAAAUCUCUUUUGCAUUGAACCAAUCUGGUUAGCAUACUAAUAAUUUUCUGAUGUGUAGGAAUGGACCUUGCCUAUAUUGCCAAUGGUUAUGUUUAUCACACAAAUUACGAUACACCAGCUGCUGUUACUCCAGGCUCUAUCCAGCGUGCUGGUGAUAACAUACUGGCUUUGGUCAAGAGCAUAGUUAAUUCACCAUUUCUGGCUGACCCUGGAGAGUAUCGUCAUGGUUCCAUGGUGUUUUUCGACUUCCUGGGAAUUUUUGUGAUACAUUACCCUGAAAGAAUUGGCUUGGUGAUAAAUCUGACAUCAGCUUUUGUGGCAGUUCUUUGUCUUAUGAAAAAAUUCCUUCAUUUUCCAGCAAAGAGAACCAUCUUUGAAGAGGGUAAGGCAUAAUCUACAAGUACAAAUCUAUUAUUAACAUUCUACAUUUUCUAAAUUAUGUACAAUGAGCUAUGAAAGCAUAGGCCUUAAAGCAGACCUGAGUACAUCUUCUUUUCCAUAUGUGAAUUAAUCAAAGUUUUGUAGUCUUAAAAAAAAAAAUAAAAGCUACACAAAAUAAACAAGGUAACAAUGGGUGCUUUUUUUUAUCAACUCUUUUAGAGCGUUUCAUAAAAUAUGAUUAGGUCAUUUUUGGGACUGGUAAGCUUUUAUAUUCUGUUCAUUGUUUCCAUGCAUGUUGAUAAAAUUGUCAACAUUUUCAAUUUUCUGUUAAGCCAGUUUCCUACUGUGAUAGGGAAAAUGGCAUAGAUGAGGGGUGUCAUACAAUGUUUACAAGAUUGUGGAUCUUAAAGUACACUGCAAUUGAAAGCUGUCCUUAACACUCUUUUUAACUGUUGUUUUUCAUCAGGCAAAGUAUUAAGACUUUCAUCUGGUGUAGGAGACCUUAUCAUCUCUCUGUUCAUCCUAUUACUCUCAUGGAUAGUUGGAACAUCAUUAUCUGUGGCUGUAGGUGUCCUUCUGACAUACUCAGGUCACUCACUAACUUGGUACUGCCGACCCUACCUACUCUUGGCAUUAUACACAGCACCAUCUCUACUGGGCAUUGGUUUGGUUCAUUUUCUCAUUAAGAAGUCUAUUGUGGCAAAGGUAGACACAAUUUAGUUGUCAAUUUAGUGACAAGCAAAGAAAAUUUGACAAUUUCCUUUCUUCUUAUGACCAAUAUAUUUGAUCUGGGGGUGACAGUCAGGGACUUCAAGACAAGCUGUUGACUGCCAGAGUUCCACCUCAUACUUCAUAACAUGUCCCUGAUCACUCUGGUUAAAAUAAUCACCUUUUGGCCUUUUAAUGAACUUUUUACACUCGCAUACUUUUGCUGCAUCUAAUGCCUACUUCAAAACAUUUUGAAACACCUGGACAGCAUGGGGAGAAAUGAGAUGCUAGUCUCCCUAAAGGGUUAAUGGGUCAACAGAAAAGUUAAUAUUGUUUUGCCUCCUUUUUGGUCUGCAUAAUGUACUUGUGGUGAACUGAUCAUCUCAAGUCUUUGUUUGCACUCAUUUGAAUUUCAUUAUUUGUCUCCAUAGAAAGUGAAUUUUAUUUUGUCAGGUUAAAGAUUUAUCAAUGUCUUAAUUCAUUGGUUUGAUUGUUCAACAUAUGAAAAGAACCAAGAAAAAAGAACAAAGAACCAAAAUUUAUAUUUUCAUUUUGAUCUCUGCUUUCAGUUUCUUAUGGCAGAAUUUGUAGCACUUAGCUAUGAAGUGUCCUCCUUUUCAGGCAGUAACUGGUAAAAUUCAUCACUAGUAGCACUUCUUGUUACCGCCUAAAAUCACCUGAUAUUCUGGAAAAUUCAACAUUUUAAAGGAUUGGUCUGAAAAUUUAACAUACCUGUUUUACUUAAAAUAAGGGAGAAGAGUGGCUAUGCACACUUGUUAUGCUUCCAGUGAAGCGGAACAGGUUAAAAGUCAAAUCAAGCAAAAAAAACCACCAACAAUGGGCUGUGCAUAAGCAUUUCCUACCAGUUUAAGUUUGGACUGCAUCUUUUUUCAUGUUGUGGGAUACUUUGCCAUACUGCAUCUCAGCAUCAGCUUCAAAAAUCUUAUAAAUUUAUUGAGGACUAGUCACAGAUCCAAAAAUGAAGAUGGAAAUUACAUUUACUAAAAGAUAGUGUUUUCAAUGUUUUUUUCCUCAGGAAAAAGCUGUGUCAGAGAAGAAAGAAGACAACAUUCCUCUCAAGGAAAGGAUAUCUAACCAACUUGUGAAGAAAGAAGUAGAAACAUUUUAUGCUGCUUUCCUUGUCUGGACAAUAGUCAUGUUGGUAAUGUCAUAUUAUCGCCUGGCUUCAGCACAUUUACCAUUGCUCUUCAUCAUCUUUCCACUGAUUAUACGAGUUGUUAUAUGGGACAAUGUAUUAACUGCAAAGACAAGUCAUGAAAAUGUUGGAGCGUUUUUGUUUAUGUAUCUCUUAGCUACACUAGUACCUGUUCAGUUUUGUAUGUAUUUGACAUUUGCUAUGUUUGACGUCUUUAUGCCUAUUAUGGGUCGAGCUGGAACACAAACACCCCCAGAUGUCUUUAUAAGUGUCCUGUGUGCCUUUGGAGUUGUGCUGUUGACUUCUUAUAUGGUGAGUGUGCUCAGUGAAAUUCGAUCAAUUUGCUGAUUAAAUACUGUUAAAAUUCUGAUAAGAAGAUAAUUAAGGGAAAGUUUGUACUUGAGCCAAGCAACCCCCCUGAAUGUGAUGCCAGUCCAUCACAAGGAUAACCCCCCCAGAAUUUUAUCAGGCUUCCCUGACAAACUUGGUUGGUACCUUCUCUUAAUUCUGGGCCCAAUUGUUUGAAAGGUGAUUAGUGCUAACAUACAGUGUAGGUUUACAUUUAUUCUUGGUUUCUUUAUUCCCUUGUUUAAAAGCCUUUUUUUGGGAUAAUUUUCUCUAUACUUUUUAGAGCAUUCAACAUCAAAUUGUAGACAAAAAGAAUUCUCCUGAAUGAUCUGAAAUCAGAUUUCACACUAACCCUGGGUUAUCUUAACCCAGCUUUGAACAACUGAGCCCUGGAUGGAGAGAGAGAGAGAAAGAGAGGCACUAAGAAAGUGUUAUGUUUCUUGCUCAAUAACACAACCCAAUGACCUGGCCAGGUCUCAAAGCCAGUCCUCCUAUCAAGCCAGAGUUCAGCAAGCUAACCAUUUGGCCAACACAUCUCCCACAAAGUUCUAAUAUGCUUCUAUUUAAAUUUACCUUUUUUUUUUAGGUUAGCACUGUGUAUGUUCUGGGAAACCUCAAGCUUCCAGCCAUAUUUCUUCUGUUUGUUACCACUGUAGGAAUGGUUAUAUCGCUCUCAGGACUGUCAUUUCCUUACUCAGCCAUCAAUCAGUGCCCUAAAAGGGUGUUCUUUCAGGUAAGAAGAAAUUCAUUCAAUCAAUUCAUUCAAUCAUUUUCCUGCAGGAUUGUACCAACUGUUUCAGCUAAUUGAACUAUUUUAACUAGUUGAACCAAUUCAGCUAGUUUUUGCAUUUUUUCUCGGGGAAGCAAAUCAGCAUGUUUGACUAUUUUAACCACUGAAACAAAUUUAGCAUAUCUGUGCAAUUUGUUUAGUUUAACCUACUCAGCUGAUUUGACCACUUUUACCAGUUGAACCUAUUCAGUUAAUUUGUGUGUUUUGUCCAAUUUACCGGUAACUGUUUUAGCCAAUUUUGGUGGUAACAAGACAAUGUGAACAAACAAAUAGUAUGCUAGUCUCCAGAUUGAAGUGAGCAGAAUGAACAGACAAAAAUUGUAUUCAGAUGAGAGGUUCUCAUAUAAAAGUUUAACCCUUUGCACCAGAUCUCUUUGCAUUUCCCAUAGUACUGACAAGGAGAAUUUGUUUGAUAAUCAAGAACUUCCCUAAGCAAUGAUCAUUUCCUUUAUUCUUACAAUGACCUGAAACAACUUCAAACAAAGUUGAAGCCUUUUCUUUUGAAACAUGCCUCAACUUCCCCAACCAGGAUUUGCUGAAAAUGCAAGUUGCAAAGCCCUGACACUGUGCAUGCUUGCAUUUUAAUUGUUCAAGCUUUCAGCAUAGAUUAUUACUUUUUGGAGGGUUCUAAAUUCACACUGGAGUGCACAUUUUCACAACCAUUUAUUAGACCAUUAAAUAGUGGGUAUGUUCACACCAUUGAUGACUCCAUCCAAAAGAUGUUUUUCAGUUAAACCUCUCACCAACAUUUUUUCUACAUGCAGCACACAUCAAGAACAUUUUACAAUAAUGCUGGUGAAGUGGUUCAACAAGAUGCAGGUGCCUGGAUCACUCCACUAGACUAUCUUGGCAUACAGCCAUUCAGUGAUAUACCCAUGUUUAAAAAGGCUUUGCCUGCACCUCAGGACGGAGUUUAUGGAGGUUUUCCUUAUUACUUGCCAUUGAGGCAUCUCGUGCGGUAUGUGGUACUUGCUCAUUCAAUGUUCUUCGAUUGGUCUCUGGUUAUUCAUUGCAUGGCCAAUUCACAGGAAUUUCAUUGAAGAAGAGUAUGGAAUAGAAUACAAGCUGUCAGGCUUUGCUAACUUAAUGCGUUAGACAAGUUGGGUAGAAAAUACACAGCUUUGCUUUAACUCUGGAAUGGGAGGGGUCAGUAGAAAAUGGCAAAGAAUUAUUCUGGCAAAUCAUUAGCUCUGUGUGCUUAAUUAAUCAACUGGCUAAGAAAUGGGGACCAUGUGUUAUCUAUUAAGUGUUGAUCUUCCUUUCAUGCCAUAUGUGAUUUAUUUAUUUUGCUCACCUAUCCUUGAAUGUUUAAGGAGCACUUUCAUGGCUACUUGAUAACAAAGCUACAAUAAACAAUAGGUACCAUGAGCCAUCACACUUUUUUCUUUCACUGUUACUCUGACAUCCUUAUAGCAUUUAGUUUGUGACAUGUACUGGGUGAUUUGUGAUAAUUGUUCCUUAGAUCCCAAUUAUAGAAAAAGAAUCCUGCAUGAACCCAACUCUGAAUUUAUUUGAUUACUAUUCUGAACAUUUAAUAUUACUGUUUAGUUUAAUUUUAUAACUCUGUCUAAUUGUGAAGUAUUGUAUUUGCAAUCAGAAAAUCUUGGUAUCUCCCUGGUCCUCCACCUCAAGUCAAAACAUCUCCAAUGGAAGUGAAAUUGCUACAUAGGAAGAAACAGGGUCAAGUUUACUCAUUUAAAUUCUCAAUAUCAGGUCAGGUUUCUCUCUUUAACCCUUUGACCCCUUGAAGUGACCAGCAUCUAAUUUCUCCUCACAUUAUCAUGCAUUCAUAUCUCACCAGUGUCUGACUUCUAACUGCCUCAGGUCCUGAUCACAUGGCUGUAUACGUAUCACCUGCUAGUGACAUAGAUUUGCUGACCUCUUCCCUCGGUCCCCUUUUACCAAUUCAAGAUGGUGGAGACAGAGUUGUGUACUUUAUUUACUAUUCUCAUGGUACUGAUGUGGGGCCCUGGGAACUAUCGCUUGAGCUUCUGGUGAGUCGGACAAUUACAGUAUUAAUCAUACUCGUGAUUACAAAUCAGACUCCUGCCUUGCAGUCAUCUGACUUUGUAAGCUUCUGAAAUGUUCCAGAACAUUUUGUAUAUAUAUAUAAAGACUCACUUAUGUGGUAGUUGGGGUAGUUGUUGUUGUUGGAGCAACAACUGUAUAGAAAGCUAUACUGAGAGAGAGUUACUGCUGAAGAUCACUUAUUUCAAGGAACUGUGGAGACAGCAGUGAGAUUGUGUCAGUGGUGAGCUAGGAUUUAGACUGUGGUGGGCUUAAUUAAGUUUAUUAAUGAUAAGUAUUUUACUGCUUUGAGGAGUUGCUCCUUGUCAAGAACAUCACUUGCUGUUUAAUAAAAUAUUAAGUUUGUAGGAUUGUAGUGUUUUCUGUCAGUUAGAUCAUACAAUAACAAAAUAAACUACCGGUAUUAGUAUCUGGUGUUUGAAAAUUGAUAACCUUAGUCUGUAAGCAGGUCCUUAUUAUAGGUGCUUUGGCACAAGUGUUUCUUCACCUGCAGGAAAAUAUGAGGCCUUGAGUAACACAGCACCACAGUUUUGUAGAAAUGUACACCCUUUAAAAAGUGCAAGACUUCAUUUUGUCGUUAUAGAAAUGAAGAAUGCUUCAUAUUGUUGUUACAAAAACAAACAAUGCUUUUAGGGUCAUUACUCAAACAUAUUUCAGUUCUGACUAAAUGAUUGCUUUCUGUGUACUAGUCAAAGUCUUCAUGGUUUUGGUGGAAAUGAACACUGCAUAAGUGAUAAAGAUUUCUCAAAUUCACAAUCUGUUUGUGAGUUCAAAACAAGUUCAUAUCAAAUGAACAAUGCUUCAUUUUGUUGUCAUCACUAGAACAUAUUUCUUUUCUGAUCAUCAUCUUCAUGGUAUUAUUAGGAACAAACAGCACUUUAUUGAUAAAGAUUUCUCAACUUCAUUACCCAUUUAGAGUCUGUCAGUUAGAUCUUUUCAGUAUUUGUUUCCUCGUGAGAUAUGACUCAGGAUUUCUGGCAACAAGACUAAAAGUUUCAGGCAACUUGACUCUGGUUUUGAGCAACAUGACUUUUGGGUGACUUGACUUGAGCCCUGGUGAACCCCCUCCCUAACCUGUCUCAAGUAUUCCUUGGGCAGAGAAACAUGGGUCCUGCAGUGCUGAUAGCAAGCACUUGCUCUCAGGCUAAUAUAUCCCAAGAUUCUUUUAAUUUAAAUAUCAUUUCAGCCAAAAAGACAUCUCCCGGCCAAGAGCAAUUUGUUGGACUUUGCUGUGGCAGCACAUUAUAUUCACGGUAAAGAGUCAUCUUCACCUUUCCUCAAAGAAGUCAUUCAAGCUAUUCCAGACUGGAUUUUUGCUAAUGAUUGGGUGGACACAUACAAGAGCUGGUCUUACACUACAUAA